GUGCGAAGCAGGAAGAUGAUGCUGACGGGCGACGUGUCAGGAACUUCAGUUGUCAACAUGGCGGCGCAGCAGGGUGAUGUUGAUGAGCUCUUUGAUGUGAAAAAUGCCUACUAUAUUGGCAGUUAUCAACAGUGCAUUAAUGAGGCUCAGAAGGUGAAGCCUUCGACCCCAGAGAAGGAGAUUGAAAGGGACAUGUUUUUGUACCGAGCCUACAUUGCCCAGAGGAAGUAUGCUGUUGUACUGGAUGACAUAAAAGCCAACUCUCCACCUGAGCUACAGGCUGUCAGGAUGUUUGCUGAGUACUUGUCCAGUGACAGCAAGAGGGAUGCAAUUGUUGCUGAUCUAGAUAAGAAGAUGGCAAAAAGUGUUGAUGCUGCCAACACCACCUUCCUUCUCAUGGCUGCCUCCAUCUACUACCAUGAAAUGAACAUGGAUGCUGCUCUAAGGACUUUGCACCAAGGAGACAGUCUAGACUGCAUGGCCAUGAACAUUCAGGUGCUGCUCAGUCUGGAUCGUGUUGACCUGGCAAGAAAGGAACUAAAGAAGAUGCAGGAGCAGGAUGAAGAUGCGACUCUGACCCAGCUGGCCACGGCUUGGGUUAAUAUCGCUGUGGGUGGAGAGAAGCUGCAGGAUGCCUACUAUAUUUUCCAGGAGAUGUCAGACAAAUAUUCAUCAACGCUGCUGCUUCUCAACGGGCAGGCAGCUUGCUACAUGGCUCAGAACAAGUGGGAGGAGGCGGAGGGGGUACUGCAGGAGGCACUAGACAAGGACAGCAGCCACCCUGAGACACUGAUCAACCUCAUAGUCCUGACUCAGCACCUGGGCAAAGCUCCUGAGGUAACCAGUCGGUAUCUCUCUCAGCUGAAAGAUGCACACAGAACCCACCCAUUCCUUAAAGACUAUUUAGCCAAGGAGAAUGAGUUUGACAGACUUGCAAUGCAGUACGCUCCGACUGCUUCAGCAUAAGCUCCUGUUCAGACAACAGUUGAUGUGGUAGACAUUAGCAGCUAGUGUCCUGGACAUGGUUUAAGCCAAUGAAUGAUGGAUGAUCUCUCCGUUGAUAAUUUUUUUU